UGAACUACUGGGUGUGUUCAAAUUCAUACGGCGUUGCGCAGACCGAUCGGUUUAUUACAUCAAAGUACCGCGAGAGUGAUUCGAAAGCACGGUCUUCGAAUGGAUCUCGCGGUACUUAGAGAUGGUAAACGUCUACCGGUGUGCGCAGCACCGCGUGAAGUUAAACACACCUAUUUGUCAUAUUCUAGUGUAGACGGCAGGUGCGAAACAAAUGAUUCAACCUUGAAAUGAAGGACCGCCUGACUGAUUUAACACCCACCCGAGGUGACACGGCUCCAGUAGAGACCAAUGAUUUCCUAGAGCAAUUCCUUCCUAAGGUAGAUGAGGUUCAGAAACUUAUCCAGAGUAUUUCCCAUUUUGUGGGAGAGGUGAAGUCAAGGCAUCAUACUAUUUUGACAGAAAUCAACCCACCAGAGUAUGUGAGAGAGGAGCUUGAGCAGUUUAACAAUGAUAUCAAGAGGACAGCUGAUGUCAUCCAUGUUAAACUAAAAGGUUUGGAGGGAAAUUUGUGUGAGAAUGCAAAUAGUGGCUCUGUGUACUUCCGCAUCCAGAAUACCCAGCACACAGUUCUGUCACUGAGGUUUGCAGAAAUAAUGAAUGUGUACAAUCAAGAACUUUUAUCUUUCCGAAAAAGCAGUAAAGAACAGAUUCAAAGACAGCUGGAGAUAAAAGGCAGAAUCCUCACCGAAGAGGAGACGGAGGUCUUGCUGCAGAGCAACAACUCUUCUGUUUUUACUUUAGAUAGUCUUCCUGGCUUCAACAUUACAGGGCAAACACUGAAUGAGAUCGAGUCACGGCAUAAGGACAUUCUCUGUCUGGAAGCCAGCAUUCGAGAGUUGAAUAACAUGUUUGUGGAUAUUGCAAUGUUAGUGAGCAGUCAGGGGGAAAUGGCCAACAAUAUUGCAAAGACUGUAAUGAAAGCUGAAAACUAUGUAGAACAAGGAAAAGAAACCAUGAAAGACGCUGUGGUUUAUAAAAAAUCUUGGCGGAUACUCCCUCGCUUCCGCAGUUCAUUUAAGGGCAAAGCUAAAGCAGUGACCAGUGAUGGUUCCUGAGAACUUUACCCAGUGCCAUCAAGUGUUCGUGAAACUAUGACUAUUGUGUUCUGUGCAAAUGAGAGAUUCAUAAAGGUGAUUCUGUAAACUGUAAAAAGCAGGACCACUUUGCCUUUCAUAACUGAAUUUCCACCAGGAUCUGUCUAUUCAACCUUUGCCUAUACAAACAAAUGUCUUGGUAGUUUCUUUGCAGCAUAGUUAAUAAUUACACUUGCUCUUAUGUGCUAUAGUUUUCUACUAAAAAUAGCAGCACUAGCGAUGUCAUUACAGUAAUAGCUAGUUAGCUAUAAAUAUAUAGAUAGCUAGUAAAGUCCUGAAUUUUAGCUUUGUUUCUGUAUUGUUGUGUUUGCUUUUGUUGUGUUUUUGUUUGAGAUGGUGUCCAUUGGUUUCAUGGUUUCGUGUACAUAUUCAAUGCUAUAUAACUUAAUUUCACUUGAUUUAUAUAGACGGUCUAAUUAUUAGAACGAAUGUUUGGCAUAUAUAUUUUUAAGUGAAAGAAGGAUGGGUCACAUACAAUAUACUGUAAGAUACUGACAGAUAGAUCAGAUAUUGACAGGCCUUGACCAUGCUUAAGAUGCUUUUAUUGCUUGGUAAUGUAUUAAUGAUUGUAAAUGACAGUUGUGUAGAUUGCUAGGAAUGCUGGCAUUUCAAAUAAACUGGAAAGACUGGAAGAAA